AUGUCUGCUCCUGCUGUUACUUCACCUAAGGCCGCCAAGGCCUCCAAGCCCAAGGCUGCCAAGAAGGUUGCUUCGCACCCAACCUACUCCGCCAUGAUCCGCAAGUCGGUUGCUGAACUCAAGGAGAAGUCUGGAUCAUCUAAGGCUGCCAUCCUCAAGUACAUGCUGGCUCACUACAAGCUCGGAGAGAAUGUGCCUAAGAUCAACGCUCAACUCCGUCUGGCCCUGAAACGCGGUGUCAUGAAGGGAGAUCUCAAGCAAGUGAAGGGUAGCGGUGCGUCUGGAAGCUUCAAGCUCGGAGAGAAGAAAGCCGCUGCUCCUGCUGCUAAGAAGAGCAUCGCUAAGAAGCCCGCUGGUGCCAAGAAACCGAAGAGCCCCAAGAAGGCCACCUCCGCCAAGAAGCCCAAGGCCGAGAAGAAAGCGAAGAGCCCGAAGAAGGCCAAGGCACCAAAGGCUAAGAGCGCCAAGAAGCCAGCUUCCAAGGUCUCAAAGCCAAAGGCCACGAAACCCAAGGUCUCCAAGCCCAAAGCGGCGAAGAAGGUCAAAGCCUGA